GGAAGCCGCUGCGAGAGGCUGGGAGCGGCGGCCGGGCGGCGGGCGACGGGGGCGGGGGACUCGGGCCGCGGCCGGGGCCGAGCCGGGGCCAUGGAGCCCCCGCUGCCGGGUUAGGGUGGGCCGGCGCCGCCGGGCCCGCGACGAUGGCCGGCUACGCGCGCCGCCCUGGCGUCCCCCCGCUGUCGCGAGCCCGGAGCCUCGUCAUUCCGGACGCUCCUGCGUUCUGUGAGCGCCGGUCUUGUCUCCCCCAGCUAGACUGUGAGCGCCCCCAUGGCAGGGACCUGGACUCCCACUUCUUCGGCAUUCGGCCGACGUUUAUGUGCUAUGUGCCCAGUCCGGUGCUAGCUUCCGUGGGAGACACAGAUUUUGGCUACGGAAAGGGGAAAUGCACUAAGCAAGGUCCGCCAGGAACCCAGGAGACACAUUUUGGAGAUGAUAAGCUUGAAGAUCUUGCUGAGGCCAAUCCGUUCUCCUUCAAAGAGUUUCUGAAAACCAAGAACCUCGGCCUGUCGGGAGAAGACACCGCCAACAACAGGGUUUAUUCAAAGGAACCCACGAGGCACCCACUGGGACUCGGCCGCAACUCCCCAAGCCCCCAGACCGUGGGGUAUGGCCUGGAGUAUCAGCAGCCGUUUUUCGAAGACCCUACGGGGGCUGGCGACCUUCUGGACGAGGACGAGGACGAGGACGAGGACGAAGGGUGGAACGGGGCCUACUUGCCGUCCAGUGUGGAGCAGACCCGCUCCUUGGGAGGCGCCGCCAGCACGUCGCCCUGCAGCACAUACGUCUCCUUCUUCUCCACCCCGUCGGAGCUGGUGGGGCCCGAGACCCUGCCCCCGUGGACCCUGAGUGACUCUGACUCCCGCGCCUCUCCGGCGGGGAGCCCCAGCGCAGACUUUGCGGCUCCCGGAGAGUCUCUGGGAGACAGGCACCUGCGGACGCUGCAGAUAAGCUACGAAGCACUGAAAGAUGAAAAUUCUAAGCUGAGAAGAAAGCUGACUGAGGUUCAGAGCUUCUCUGAAACUCAAACAGAAAUGGUGAGGACGCUGGAGCGGAAGCUGGAAGCAAAAAUGAUAAAGGAGGAGAGUGACUACCGAGAUCUGGAGUCGGUGGUCCAGCAGGUGGAGCAGAACCUGGAGCUGAUGACAAAACGAGCUGUAAAGGCGGAAAAUCACAUCCUGAAACUGAAGCAGGAAAUAAGCUUGCUGCAGGCACAGGUCUCUAACUUCAAGCGCGAGAAUGAGGCCUUGCGGUCCGGCCAGGGUGCCAGCCUGACAAUAGUGAAGCACAACACCGACGUGGCCUUGCAGAACCUUCGCGUCGUCAUGAACAACGCCCACUCCUCCAUAAAGCAGCUGGUUUCUGGAGCUGAAACGUUGAAUCUUGUGGCCGAAAUCCUUAAAUCCAUAGACAGAAUUUCUGAAAUUCAAGAUGAGGAAGAGGAGUCUUGAGAACUCUGAGGUGCUUCCAGGUCGCAGCCCUGCUUACGUCCGGACGCCGCUGCUCGCCGGGUUGGAAAAUGCCGUUGUGUUUUUAAGUACGUUGUCCUCAGCCGUAGUAAAAAUACUCACCGUGCCGCUAAUUUCGUGACCUAAACAGCCCUAACAGCCAGCUGCAGUGAGGAGCCCCCCGCGUGGGAGAGCUGCACCUGGUUUCUACGCGACCCUUCCUGGCGAGCUCCUGCUACUUGGUGGACUGAUGCUCUAUCGGAAGACGUUUCUGUGAAAGCCAGUGAUAUUUUGAAGUUACUAAACGUGAAAACGGCAGUUCUGUAAUAAGUGUUUUCCGUCGUCAUUCCAGAAUGUCGAUCGUAAGACAAGUUCAGUCGAUCGUCCUUGAUUCCGUCCUUGAGAGGGAGUAAGGUGAGCCGUGGCUCCGUGCUCGCCUCCCAAGGCCCUAAUGCCUCUGUGACCUCACUUGGUGCCCCGGCCGGCUCAGAGUCCCCUCCUGGGGCCUCACGGGCGGCUCGUGCAGUUGGAGACCUGAGCCUGGCUGCUGUCCUUCCACGGGGUCCCAGGUCACACAGGCGCGCCACUGGGUGCAACCAUCUAAACGCAUCUGUGGGCCUUCGGAUUUGAAAAGCUGCUUCGGCUGGAGGGUUUUGAUACACGUUUCGAGUGGCAUCUUGUACAAUGAAGUUUGGAAUUCAGGGAUUGAGACUGUGUGCGCAGCCUUCCUGGGUCAGCACGAGGUCUCCCGGGGUGCUUUUCCAGCUGCUUUCCAAUGUAGGGGGGGCACCAUACGCCUUUUUGGCCAUUUUUCUCUAGAUGUUAUUUUUUAAAAUAAAUUUCCUUUUCUUCUGUUCAGAUGGACCGCUUUCCUAUUUAAUAAACCGUAAAACUCA